CUUUUUAGGACACCGUAGCGCGCUUUAUGUUGACAUGCAGCAGCUGCUUGUGUCAGUGCGGUUAUAAACCAGUGACAUGCUGCAUUUAGGAGUGUGUUGUUUUUACUGUCAUCGUCAUUUAUAGUGCCUUAAAGUUUCUAAACCAUGGAACCUGCUGUAGUUGUGCCAAAAGAGGCGAAUAAAUGGGACAUUCGCCUGAAAGUGUGGGAUUACAUCGAGACCAAAGAUCUGGCCACUUUCCCCAGACCUGUACACCACAGGAUCCCAAACUUCAAGGCCGCUUCAGUAGCCUGUGACCGGUUUUCUGUCCUGCAGGAGUUCCGGUCCAGCAACACUGUCAAAGUCAACCCUGACAAACCACAGGAGCGAGUUCGCUUUCACGUCCUACAUGCUGGAAAAACACUGCUGGUCCCGACGCCUCGGCUACGGACAGGACUGUUUAACAGAAUCGUUCCUCCACAUGGAGCCACCAAGGAGGACCUGCGAGUGUGCUCGACAUCUCGGGGUGUUAAAGAGUUCAGUGUUCCUGUGGGUUUGGACUCGAGAAUUCACGUGGAUCUGGUAGUUGUUGGUUCUGUCGCUGUAUCAGAGAAAGGUUACAGAAUUGGGAAAGGUGAAGGAUUUGCUGACAUGGAAUAUGCCAUGAUGGUCUCGAUGGGAGCAGUGAACGAAUCCACGGUGGUUGUGACUGUUGUUCAUGACUGCCAGGUUGUGGAUAUUCCAGAGGGACUGACAGAAAGUCACGAUCUCACCGUGGACUACAUCCUCACACCGAGCAGGAUCAUCAAGACUGAGUGUAGGAUCCCCAAACCACAGGGCAUCAUUUGGUCAAAGCUAGAUACAGAAAUGCUGGAGAAAAUUCCCAUCCUGAAAAAACUGCGUGCCUUUGAACAGAAGGCUGGAAAAGACGUAACUCUGAAAGUCUCCUCUGCAGAAAGUGUGAAGAUAAAACAGGGGUAUAAACCCAAACACGAGCCCAAUCCCAAUUAUGCUUCAGAACCAGACCCGAGGCAAGAUGGUAGCCUUUCUGCUUCUGGCUCAGGUGAAGAACCUGAUGUGAGUCGUGAACGUCCUCGGGCUCCUGUAAACACGCUGUAUUUAGGUGGUCUUCCAGCUGGACUGCGGGUGAGCGAGUUAAAGGGUUUCCUGAGAGAGCGAGAUGUUCUACCUGUUAGACUCAUCUGGCAGGGGGCACAGCGCAGGGCGUUCCUCGAGUACGCUGAUGAACGAGCCUCGGAUCAGGCUCUGGAUAUCCUGCAGGGGCUCUGUGUUAACGGCCACGUGCUGCACAUAGAAAGAGCCAAACACCAAAAGAGCUUCCGUAGACCUGGUGCUUCCAAAGACUUAUCAACGACGAACCUGGUGGAAAAUCUCAGACUACAGCAUCCACUACAACCAGUGACAACAGGGUCCCAGAGGAGAGGAGAUGCUGGAGGAAAAACCCGAAAAAUGUUACAGCAUUGUGAGAUUUCAGGGGAAGAAGUUAGACAUCAAACAUGAUCUGAUCAUGAGCCGACAAUAAGAAUCGUUUUGUGGAAAAUAAAAUUCAGAAAAUCUUUUGAUUGUU